AUGAGAUUUAACAGCCCCGAUGAGUAUAUUCAAUAUCUCGCGCAAGGAGGUCGUAGCGAAAAUAAUAUUUACAGUUGCGUCCAAUUACUCACAAAAGCGUUGGAAAAGAAUCCGUUGAGCUGGGUCCACGAAUUUGGAUUCAACGGAUUGAAUCAAGUUCUAAGAAUCCUUUACGAGAUUUUUCAGAACAACAAACCUUACGAAAGAAUCCAAUACGAAUGCAUUAGAUGUCUUAUAGCAUUUGGAAACAACACAGUAGGACUCAAAGCGUUGAUAGAACACCAGGAAGCUCUGAUGAUAGUCGUCUUAUUCUUGGAUCCAAGCAAGCCGGGAACGAUGUACGAGGCCCUAAAAUUAUUAGGAGUGACUUGUCUCAUUUCCAACGACACCCACAAGAAGGUCUUGAACGCGGUAACGAUGAACGGAAAGCUGAGAAGACAUAAGAGAUUUCUGCCGGUCGUCCAAGGACUUAUGAACAGGCAGAACAAAGAUUUGAGAGCCGCAUGUCUUCAGUUUAUAAAUUCAGUGAAGCAAGCGGCUUCUACAGAGUCAAAACGUUUGAUACUUGAGAAAAACGCUCCUGAAACUAAGACGGGAAUAAUGGAUAGUUUGUUGGAGCAAUUGCAAGCUGGAACGGCGUUCGAUUUACUUAAUCCAGGUCGCAAGCGGCAUACAUAG